GCAAAGAUUCGCCAAUGGCAUAGCUCAACUGUUUGCUCCAUUUUGCUUUAGUAGCCAAAUAAUGCCAGUGCUUCUCUCUCACUCAUCUAUCCACUCCUCUCUUCACUUUUAGCCGCUCAAAACCACCGUCGCAGCCACCCUUCCUCCGCCGCGAGCUCAGCCACCCUCAUCCAACAACAUAUUUUCUUCUGGGUUGACUUGAAAAUCUGUCCUUUUCUCUGAAAAUCCCCAAUUAUAUAGAUUGGAAAUCAGGACCUCGAGAAUGGAUGAUGCUAAAGAUGCAGAGUUCUCAUUGAAAGUGAUGAUAAAUAAAAAGAAAACUAAGGUACUCUUUGUAGAAGCUGACAGCCAUUUCGCAGACAUUUUGUUAAGCUUCUUGACUUUGCCGUUGGGAAGAAUUAUCAAAGUCCUUGAGAAGCACUAUGGAGACGAGGCACCUAUCAUUGGUAGCUUAAGCAGUUUGUACCAUAGCUUAGUGGAUCUUGAUAUCACCUGUUUCUGGACAGAGGGUGCCAAGCAGACUCUGCUCAAUCCAGCAAGUUCAUUCGAAGAUGAAUACGCAAGGCUGAAACUCGAUUACAACGAUUAUCACCCCGCUAAAUAUUUCACGUGUAGAUAUCUUUCUUCUCAUAGUAUCCGUAGUGUAAGCAUGUACCAUGAUAGUGCCCCUAUGUGCCUACGAUGCGAAUAUAUGCAUCAGAGGAUAAUAAAGCAAGAUGAAAAAGAGUGUCAAUUUGCUUCUGAAGAUGGAGUUUUCACCAUAAAUACAACACCUUUCAUAAUUUCUGAUGAUCUGCAGAUAUUUCCAAAUAAGAUAGGACUCUUAGGAAUCAUCAGCAUUCUUGGCCUUACAGAUGCGGAUAAGGCUCAGCCAAUCAACGUGACUUUUGGAUUCAGUGAGAUUAUGAGUUUGUUGAAGGCGUCAUUGAUCUCCCAAACUCCAUUCUCGGACCUCAUACUGAGUAAAGCAAGACAUGUGAACUCUGUAGCUGUGGGAUCUGAACCCGAGACCUCAGUAAAUCAGAUCAAGAAUGAGGACAAUACCGACUCCAAGAAGAUAGUUUUGAAAGUCAUGGUACAAAAGUCUUGUGGUAAGUUAUUGUAUGCUCAAGCUGAGGAAGAUUUUGUCGAGUUUCUGUUUAGUUUGUUCAAUAUCCCACUGGGAGGAGCUGAGCACCUUUUGGCCGGCAAGACUUGUAUUAAGGCUAUAGACAACUUGUACCGGAGCACAGCUGUGGUUAUCGAUGACAAGUAUUUCAAGGCACCAGAUACGAGAAAUAGGCUAACCAAACCCAAUGUGGUUCAUGGUUGUAUUUCCGAUGACAACAUUCUUCUCCUCACUGAAGAGUGCUUACCUGAUGACUAUAGUGAGAUGUUGUGGUCUUCUUCUGAUAAGUUUCCUAAUGGCAAGGGGAGUUAUCUUAAAACACCGCAAACUUAUCAUGUGACAGACGAUUUAACUGUGACACCUUUAUGUAUUGUCUCGAUCCUUUCUACCCUCAAUAAGCAGGAAAUCCCCAUAUCUGAUGUCAAAGAAGUGGAGCUGCAAAUCGGGCUGAAAGAGGGUUUGAACAUACUGAAAGCCUCUCUUACAUCCACUACUGCUCUCACUGAUGCUCUGCUCGAUCAAAUAUCGAUCAAACAACCGAAGCAAGAACUCUUAGUUUGAUCACAAGAUUUCAAUCAUCUUACCGCCUAUGAGCAGAACUCAUAGUCCUCGGCUCAUGAGAAUCAAGAACUACACUUGCUUUAUUUAGUAUGAGGUUUGACAAUGGAGUUGGGGAAGUGAAGGAAUCCUUCUGCAAACUCAACAUCUAAUCACAAUAUGUAAGUACAAUUUGUAAGCAAAAAAACAGAAAAAAAAAAGGAAUGAAACUGUAGAUAGAAUCACAUAGAAUCAAGAAUCACCUCAUUCAACCCAGUCGUCACUUUCAUCGCCUCAGCCUCAACCACAUCCGCAUCUGUAAUAUCUGCAGAUCAUCAGAGAUUUAUGAAAGAUGGUGCUCUGUAAAUGAUGAAAUCUCCAUCUUUCUAAGCAGCUUGAGACACUUUUUCAGCUACUUCUUUCUUCAUAAAAUGUCUUCUGCAUUUCUUGCAACGACCGGCAAGAUCAUAGUGCAUGCUUACAUUG